AUGGUCGCCUUUUGUGCCCACUCGGCAACCCUCGGUUUGCCUACCGUCCUUGAAAACGUCUUCCGCGCCCAAUUCGCAUCUGAACUUCCCUCCUUUGCCAGACAUCGAACAGCCAUCAUUUCUCGCAGACCCGCCUAUUCACGGCAGUUUCGCUCCCUUUCCCACAAUGGAUUCUCCCUUUCGCAAUCGAUAUCUUCCUCAUCGUCCCAAUCGCCAGCGACCUCUCAAUCGCAGUCGAAAGGGAACGCUCAUCAGAGUGAAGUGUCUAUAGAGGACCUCACAGAUAAUGUUACUACCUCAAACUCGACGUCCACACCGAAAGAUACACCACAUACCCCACCUAAAGCCUCAAAAACACAGAAAAAUUCAACUGGAGCGACAGAAAAGAAUUCUCGCGCAGACAACGGACUAAAGGCCACCGGCCCCAAGCCAAAGCGAAAGAAGGAAGGAUGGCAGAUUCAGAAAGAUGCCCUAAAGCAGAAGUUCCGCGAAGGCUGGAAUCCGCCCAAGAAGCUCUCACCUGACGCUUUGGAAGGUAUCCGUCACCUGAAUGCCGUCGCGCCCGACCGUUUCACCACCCCAGUCUUGGCCGAGCAGUUCCGUGUGUCACCAGAAGCCAUCCGUCGGAUCUUGAAGAGUAAAUGGAGAGCUUCCGAAGAAGAGCUAGAGGAUCGCCGCAAGCGAUGGGAGAGGCGACAUGAUCGAAUUUGGGGACAUCUGUCUGAACUUGGUCUGCGACCCAAAACCAAACGGACGGAACCCUUUGCUGAUACCAAUGUACUAUAUGAUGACCGUCGGAAAGGUAGCAGGUGA